ACCUAUAUGUAUUCUUCUGCCUGUCACAACAGCCAUGACAUGCAAAAAUAUUAACUUGGGAUUGUUCCAAAGAGAAAACUACUCACUUCUCAAUCUUAUAUUUAAAUCAUCUAGGGCAUAUCCUUGAUAUAUUCUUUGUUGAAUGUACUACUAGUAUUUUAUAUUAUAUAUAUGUACACACAUACAUUGACGUACCAGGCAGAUUGAAAGAGCAUACUGUAUUGUGACAAUGGCUUCCAGAACUCAUGGACUUGUGCAGGUCGAAGAGAAAAACCGGGACGGAACAGAAGAAGAGAAGAAGGAUGGAGAGGAUGCUAAUAGAGCAUUUCCAUUUUAUAUGCUUCUGCGGUAUGCAGAUACACUGGAUUGGACUCUUAUGGCACUAGGGACCUUGGGUUCUAUAGUCCAUGGCAUGGCUCAACCUGUUGGAUAUCUGUUACUAGGGAAAGCUCUUAAUGCAUUUGGGGACAACAUUAAUGACAUUGAUGGCAUGGUUAAAGCACUCGAGAAGGUUAUUCCCUUUGUAUGGUACAUGGCUUUUGCUACAUUCCCUGCUGGUGUACUAGAGAUCGGAUGCUGGAUGUAUGCAAGUGAAAGACAAAUGGCUCGACUACGGUUAGCAUUCCUGAGAGCAAUGCUAAGCCAGGAGAUUGGAGCAUUUGAUACGGAUAUAACGAGUGGGAAAAUCAUUAGUGGAAUGAGUUACCACAUGAGUAUCAUACAAGAUGCAAUAGGGGAGAAGCUAGGCCAUUUUCUUUCAAGCUUUGCAACAUUCUUUUCUGGAAUCCUUAUUGCUGCUAUAUGCUGUUGGGAAGUGUCCCUACUUACCUUCGUGGUUGCUCCUACGAUUCUAGUGAUCGGAGCCACCUACACCAGAAAAAUGAUUGCUAUUUCAGCUACUAAGAUGCUCUACAUAUCAGAAGCUACAUCAAUGGUAGAACAGACCAUCUCUCAAAUCAAAACAGUAUUUGCUUUUGUUGGAGAGAAUUCUGCAAUUAAAUCGUUCUCAGAGUGCUUGGAUAAACAGUUUUCAUUAAGCAAAGGAGAAGCACUGAUAAAAGGUGUAGGCACUGGCAUGUUUCAAACUGUGACCUUUUGUGCUUGGGCACUGAUCAUAUGGAUUGGAGCCGUUGCCGUCACUUCCCGGAAAGCAAAAGGAGGGGAUGUCAUAGCUGCGGUGAUGAGCAUUCUCUUUGGAUCCGUAUCACUUACUUUUGCUGCACCAGACAUACAAAUCUUCAAUCAGGCAAAGGCUGCAGGGUAUGAGGUUUUCAAGCUGAUACAAAGAAAGCCAACAAUAAGUUAUGAUUCAAAGGGAAAGGAAGUUGAGAAGAUCAGUGGUGACAUUGAUAUACGCCAUGUAUACUUUGCUUACCCUUCUCGUCCCGAAAAGUCAAUCAUUCAAGGAUUUUCAUUGUCGAUUCCAGCAGGAAAGACGGUUGCUUUAGUCGGCAGCAGCGGAUGUGGAAAGAGUACUGUUAUCUGCUUGGUUCAAAGGUUCUAUGAUCCCCUCAAAGGGGAGAUUUUCAUUGACGAUCAUAACAUCAAGGAUCUGGAUUUGAAGUUCCUCCGGAAGAAUAUUGGAGCAGUAUCCCAAGAACCAUCACUCUUUUCCGGUACCAUCAAGGAUAAUAUCAAAUUAGGAUACAUGGAUGCAAGCGAUCAACAGAUCCAUGAUGCAGCAACGAUGGCAAAUGCACAUACUUUCAUUUCUCAACUUCCAAAUCAGUACUCAACUGAGGUAGGCCAAAGAGGAGUGCAGCUAUCAGGAGGGCAGAAACAAAGAAUUGCCAUAGCAAGAGCUAUUCUAAAGAACCCUCCAAUUCUUUUACUCGAUGAGGCAACAAGUGCACUUGAUUCAGAGUCGGAGAAACUGGUUCAAGAUGCUCUGGAGAGGGCUAUGCAGGGCAGGACCGUUGUCCUGAUUGCACACCGGAUGUCAACCAUUGUCAAUGCCGAUAUAAUCGCAGUUGUGGAGAAUGGACAAGUUACAGAAACAGGAACUCACUCCAGCUUGUUAGACUCUAGCAAUUUCUAUAACAAUCUGUUCAGCAUUCAGAACAUCGGGCAGAUUCGGGAUUCGAGGACUACUGAAACUACUGAAGAAUCUGCCACUGCUGAUAAACAGUUUUCAACUCUAGACAUUGAGCUAAAAGAGGAAACAAGGGAACUCGAUGGACAUCGUACCGAAUCUUUGGAGCAAGUUGAACCGCAAAGGAGGGAAAACACGAGUAUGUUCUUCAGAAUUUGGUUUGGCUUAAGGAAACGUGAGCUUGCAAAUGUUGCUACUGGUUCUAUAGCUGCAGCUUUUGCUGGUGUUUCAAAGCCAUUUUUCGGAUUCUUCAUCAUAACUGUGGGAGUUGCAUACUACCAGAAAGAUGCAAAACAGCUAGUCGGAAAGUAUUCGAUUAUCUUUGCACUUAUAGGAUUGCUAGCUUUAUUCAUGCACACCCUGCAGCAUUACUUUUACGGAGUGGUUGGAGAAAAGGCAAUGGCAAACCUCAGGAAAGCUUUAUAUUCAGGUAUACUACGUAAUGAAGUUGGUUGGUUUGAGAAACCAGAGAACAAUGUUGGUUCACUUACCUCAAGGGUCAUCAAUGACACCUCAAUUGUCAAAACCAUUAUUUCUGAUCGGAUGUCCGUUAUCGUCCAGUGUAUUUCUUCGAUACUGAUUGCAACAGUCGUUAGCAUGGUUGUUAACUGGAGAAUGGCACUAGUAGCUUGGGCAGUGAUGCCUUGCCACUUCAUUGGUGGACUCAUUCAGGCCAAAUCAGCCAAAGGAUUCGCAAGCGACUCGGCUGCUACUCACCGUGAAGUUGUUGCCCUUGCAUCUGAAUCCGCAGCCAACAUACGAACCAUCGCAUCAUUUUGCCAUGAAGAACACAUACUAAGGAAAGCUAGAAUCUCCCUGGAAAAGCCAAUGAAAAGGAGCAUGAAAGAAAGCAUCAAAUAUGGCAUCAUUCAAGGCUUUUCCCUUUGUUUAUGGAACAUAGCUCAUGCUGUUGCAUUAUGGUACACAACAAUUUUGGUCGAUAGGAAACAAGCAAGUUUCGAAAAUGGUAUUAGAGCAUACCAAAUUUUCUCCCUCACAGUACCUUCAAUCACUGAACUAUGGACAUUGAUCCCUUCAGUCAUUUCAGCAAUCAACGUACUAACACCAGUAUUCGAAACCCUCGACCGGAGAACCGAAAUCGAACCUGAAAAACCCGAAGUUUUGCAGCUUGAGAGGAUCAAAGGAAAAAUCGAGUUCCAAAACGUUAAAUUCAACUAUCCAUUAAGGCCAGAAGUGAUUGUCCUCAACAACUUCAGUUUACAAAUUGAACCAGGAACAAAAGUAGCCAUUGUUGGACCAAGUGGAGCUGGUAAAUCCUCAGUGUUAGCCAUUUUACUAAUGUUUUACGUUCCAUUAGAAGGAAGGGUUCUUAUUGACGACAAAAACAUAAAGGAAUACAAUCUAAAGAUGUUGAGGAAACAAAUCGGAUUAGUACAACAAGAGCCACUUCUUUUCAGUUCUUCCAUUAGAAACAACAUCUGUUACGGAACCGAGCAAGCUUCAGAAACCGAAAUCAUGGAGGUAUCAAGACAAGCAAACAUACAUGAAUUCAUAAGCAAUUUACCGGAUGGAUACGACACGGUUGUCGGCGAAAAAGGGUGUCAACUUUCCGGCGGGCAAAAGCAAAGGAUCGCCAUUGCUCGAACCUUGCUAAAGAAACCUGCAAUCUUGCUUAUGGAUGAAGCAACGAGUGCGCUGGAUGGUGAGUCGGAAAGAAUCAUUGUAAAGGCCCUGGAAUCGUUGAAUCAAAAGGGUAAUGAUGGGUUAGUGAGUAGAAUCACGCGGAUUACGGUGGCUCAUAGAUUAUCGACGAUUAUAAGCUCGGAUUUGAUUGUGGUUAUGGAUAGAGGAGAGAUUGUUGAGAGUGGGUCUCACUCAACGUUGAUAUCAAUAUCCGAGGGAGUGUAUUCGAGAUUAUGUAAUCUCCAGAAUGCAAUGGAAAUGUAAUCUUUGGCGGUUCUUUUUC